AUUGAAAGUUUCACACAUUUAGUCUAUCACUAAGGUUGUUCGUCGUUACCCUACUUUGCAGGUUAGAUAGAUAAACAGCGAAAGAUGAGCUUUCUAAAUUCGGCAUUUGAAAAAGAGAAAUGUUACGAUCCUCGGGACUCUACACUUAAACUUGUAGACGGAGAGGAUGAAUUUGACUUUCUGUGUGAGGGUUUCAAGUCUCCAAGAGCUCGGAUGUCCUGCGGUCAUGUUGUGACCCCGUCAUCUCUCACCAACUGGUGUCUCAGGUUGUUGAAAGAGGGUGAAAGCAAAUUUGUGUGUGGCCAGCCUAAGUGUGAUAAGGAGUGGAGUUAUGCAGAGGUUCGUAAAAUGGCACUUCUGACCCCUGAGGAAAUGGAGCACUUUGAAAAGACCAUGGCCUUAAAUGCUUCCAAGCAUUUCUUCGAUUCCAAAUUAUGUCCUGGAUGCAACUCAUCUGUUGUGAGAAAGGAUGUAUCCAACCUGAGUGUCUGCUGCAGCUUGUGCACCAGAAAAAAAGGUCGGAACUACGAAUUCUGCUGGCAGUGCUUGAGGGAAUGGAAGGGUACACGGCCACGGUCAGACCGCUGUGAUAAUGAUGGCUGCAGCAAUGAAGCACUAAAAGCCCUGAAAAACUGUGAAGAUAUCAUCUUUGAGUCUGUGAAGGAUGUCAGUGGUUGUCCCUCCAUUCGUGCCUGUCCCACCUGUGGGUCACUGGUGGAGCAUAACAGAAAGAAAUGUAAAAAUGUCAUCUGCCCCAGAUGUAAGAUAGAGUUCUGUUUUGUAUGCUUGAAUCUCACUAGUGAAUGUGCAGGAAAGACGGGGCAGUAUUAUGGAGCAUGCUCCAGUGGUGUUGCCCCUAGGCAGACCUGCAUACCUGUAUGGCAGCAGAAAUAAUGCAAACACAAGGAUAAAUGUUUAAUUUUAAAAAAUAAAAUCAAAGACAAUUUCU